CUUGGAGUCUUUUCCGUUCCAACGUUCGGUGUUGCAUAGCUGAGAAGAACCUGCAGCAGCCUUAUGGAGACUAGCAUAUUUUCGGCUCCUCUUGUUCGAGGAUUAACAGACAAAAUAUAUGAUAGAAGAAAAGCAGCCGCUCUUGAAAUUGAAAGACUUGUACGCGAGAACAACAAGGCACCAGAACGUAUAACUGCCAUUAUUAAUGCACUUGUUCAAGACUUUGUCUAUUCAAAUAACUCCAAUGCAAGGUAUGGAGGAUUGAUUGGUUUAGCGGCAAGUGCCAUUGCUCUUGGACCUGGAGUAGCCGAAUACUUGGAUAUCAUUGUUCCUCCCAUCCUUUCGUGCUUCAAUAAUCAAGAUCAGAAAGUGCGAUAUUAUGCAUGCGAGAGUAUGUAUAAUAUUGCCAAGGUUGCCAAGGGCGAAGUAUUGCGGUUCUUUAACAGCAUUUUUGAUGCGCUGUGCAAGCUUUCUGCGGAUUCUGAAUUGACGGUGAAGAACGGUGCAGAACUGCUGGAUCGCCUUAUCAAGGAUGUCGUCUCUGAGCUUUCUACGACGUACGUUUCUCCGCAUCAACCGCCUCUGAACCCGCCAGAAACAGAGGAACAACUACUGGUGCCUACAUCUUUGCCUCGCAACACCGCAUUCUCCUUACCACGAUUCAUCCCGUUACUGAGCCAACGCAUCUACGUUCGCAAUUCAUCCGCUCGUCAGUAUCUUGUGCAGUGGAUCGGUACCUUGGAUUCAAUUCCCGAUUUGGAACUCGUUUCCUUCCUUCCCGAAUUUUUGGAUGGAUUGAUCCAGUUUUUGAGCGAUGCCAGUGAAGAUGUCCGUGUUGCCACCAGUGUUUUGUUGGCCGACUUUUUGCAAGAAAUCCGUCAAGCCGCGGCAGUGCGAGAACAACAACAACAGCUCAACUUUCGCCGAUUUUUGAAAACCAAGGCAACGACGGAAGCCCAAGAAGAAAGCGAGACACCGAGCGAGGAGCAACCACAUCCCAAACUCACCUCUGAUAAAAUGGUGACCGAUGAUGAUCCUGAAGCCGAUGUAGAGUCGACUGCGUCUAUUCAGCCUGAAGACGACUUGGGGUCCGACAACGAUGGGCAUGGGAAAGGCAAUUAUAUGCCUGGUCAAGGUGUCAUUGUCAAAUAUGAUCGUAUUGUGGAGAUUUUGGUACCUCAUUUAUCGUCGUCCGAAGAAGAUAUCCAACGCACGGCUCUUCAAUGGAUCAAUGAAUUUAUCGCCAUUGCCAAGGAUGUCAUUAUCAAAUAUACACCCGAGAUCAUCAAUGCAGUCUUGCCUUCCUUGGCUCAUCCUGUAGAUGCUAUCCGCAUGUUUGCUUUGGAAGUCAAUCAAAACUUGCAGAACCUUGUGUUUGAAUCAUCCAAUACCUAUCCUGAACCCAUGGCCAGCGUGAGCGAUCCCUCCGGCCGCCCUUCGCAGAUGAAGCUGCCACCCAAUGUGUCACCGUCUGUUUUAGCCAGAAGCUAUCGUUCCAAUCUCACGGAAAGCAACAACGAGGAUCCCUUUGAUUACCAAACCACUGUUGCCAACCUUCGACUGCAAUUUCUGAAUGAGCAUGAAGAAACACGAGUCGCUAGUUUGGAUUGGCUGUUGAUGCUGCAUAAAAAAGCUCCUAACAAGAUUCUAGCUUCGGAUGAUGGUACAUUUCCGGCUUUGCUCAAGACGCUUUCGGAUCCUUCGGAAGAGGUGGUACGACGCGACCUGCAAUUACUUGCACAAAUAUCAUCCCAUUCAGACCACAACUACUUCCGCAGCUUCAUGAUGAAUCUUCUUUUAUUAUUCAGCACCGAUCGGCGUUUGUUGGAGACCCGAGGCAGUCUAAUCAUUCGGCAACUUGGCAUGAGUCUCGAUCCCGAACGUAUUUACUGCACCAUUGCUGACAUUCUGGAAAAUGACGAAGAUUUGGAAUUCGCCAGUAUUAUGGUGCAAAAUCUGAACAUUAUUCUCAUCACGUCCUCGGAGUUGGCAGAUUUACGCAAACGGCUCCGAAACCUCGAUCACAAGGACGGACAACGAUUAUUCAUUACAUUGUAUAAAUCGUGGUGUCAUAAUGCAGUAGCUACGUUUUCUUUAUGCCUAUUAGCACAAGCCUAUGAACAUGCUGCAACCAUGCUGCAAGUCUUCGCCGAGCUUGAUAUUACUGUGAAUAUGCUGAUCCAAAUUGACAAACUCGUGCAACUGUUAGAAUCGCCUGUGUUUACUUAUUUGCGCUUACAAUUGUUGGAGCCUGAUCGAUACCCACAUUUAUUCAAAUGUCUCUACGGCAUUCUUAUGCUGUUACCCCAAUCCUCUGCAUUUUCUACCCUUCGCAAUAGAUUGAGUAGUGUGUCUUCGCUAGGUUUUCUUCAUGUGAUACCGAAAAGCCCAACCAUUGCGGAGACACCCAAGCCACGACAAACGGCUAAAUCGGCCACUGCCACGAAACCCGCGGAAGAAAAUCUGAUCAAAUUCCAAGAAUUGUUGCAACAUUUCAAAUCUGUGCAAGCACGGCAUGAGAAACAGCGCAAGCAAGGUAAGUUUAUUGAUAUUGAUGAAGGUGAAAAUGGAAUGUCACUGCAACUAGUUCAUCUUUUUAAGCACUGCAAAAUGUAUCGAGAAACAACACAUCCAAGAAUCGUCGGCCUCGAUUGGUAUAUGGCACGUCAGGUGGGAGCAGUAUUGCCAGUAAUGGAUCAUCAGCACCAAAUCAAACCAGCCACCGUGACGAGGUCAGCAAGGGAGGUCUCAGAAAUGCCAUGAACAAUCUGACUCUUGGAAAUGGGCAUGAACGUUCGACAAGUCCUAACCACCCAUCUCGUGGCACUAGCGCUUCCAGUCCCGCCACUCGCAUGAUAGGCAGAAAAUCACGCAAACCAUAGCCCAAUGUUAUUCC